UUUAUUAGUGAGAUGGCCCGGGCGGAAGGCGCACUCGCGCACGCACAGUAAACAUCUAUUGGCGAAAGUUCUCGCCAAAAUCACAUCGUAGUGAAUGUGCGUAGUCGUUGAAUUUUAAAUCAUAAUGUGCGAUCAUUUCAGCGAUGCAGAAAGUAAAAGAGAUCACGGCGAUGCGCGGUCGAAGUCUCCUAAGAGACCUCAGCCACGACGGAACCUGAUCUGGGACAAUACGAGAGAGUUCUUAAGCAACACCACGCUUCAUGGCUUCCGGUACCUUCUGGAUGCUAAAUCCAGUUGGUUUGAAAGGUUGUGGUGGCUGUUUAUGGUGAUCGCGAGCAUAGUAGUGUGCGUGGUCUUCAUAAGGAAAGUGUGGAUCAAGUGGGACGAAACACCGGUCAUCGUCAGCUUCGCGGAUACUACCAACUCCGUGUGGACUAUCCCGUUCCCAGCAGUGACGAUAUGCAGUGAGACGAAACCUCGGCAAAGAGUUUUCAACUAUACCGAAGCUUACCAUGAGCGGAGGAGGACGCCUUCCACCAUCAGCGCAGAGGAUCUAAAAACUUAUCAAGACAUGCUGUUGUUGUGCAACAAUCCUGAAAGCGAUGGUCCAGAAUUCGCUGAUAAGAGCUCCAUUGAAACUUUGCAAAAGCUAGCUCCGACCCGUGACGACUUAUUUCUAAAGUGCUUAUGGAAGAACUUGAGCUGUGGGGACAUGUUUUAUCACACGCUCACCAAGGACGGCUACUGCUUUACCUUCAACAUGCUUUCUGAAAAGAAAAUGUUCAGGACCGAAAAUUUACACAAGGAUUACUAUCACGUCGCGAUUAAGAACGACAGUGAAUGGAGUUUAGACAAAGGCUACCCACUAGACACAAAUAUUAAUACUUACCCAUUGCGAGGACCCAGCUACGGAGGAGUCGAAUUUGAAGUUGUUUUAACGACUGAUACCCGAGAUAUGGACCUAGUCUGCCGCGGUCCUGUCCAAGGCUUUAAGGUCUGGCUUCACAAUCCUGCUGAGCUACCAAACAUGGGCCAGAACUUCUUCAGAUUGCCCAUACAGUAUCAAUCUGCCGCCUCUAUCACUCCCAAGAUGAUGGAUACAUCGGAAGGGCUUAAGGGUUAUGCACCGAACAAACGAGGGUGCUAUUUUCCUGAAGAUCGGUACCUCCGAUUUUUCCGCAUUUACACACAAAGGAACUGCGAGCUGGAGUGUUCUUCUAAUUUCACUGCAAAAAUGUGUGGUUGUGUCCCGCUCUACAUGCCACUAUAUGCUGGCAAGCAAGCAACCCGCCAGCUUCAUGAGCUGAAUGGCAAGGAGCGCGCGGGAGUGACAAAAUUAAGAGAGGUCCUCGAUGACCGGCUGCAAGAAAUCAAGAAGGCUAAGACUUGGAAACAUGAGAGAAUCCUCACCUCUCCACAGGAUACUAAAAUUAGGGUGCAGGGAGCAGAAGGAGAGUUCCUGAAUUUUUGCGCAAACAAUUAUCUAGGAUUAUCGAAUCACCCUGAAGUGGUGGAGGCGGCGAGGGAGGGCCUGCGCAAAUAUGGCGCUGGGCUCAGUUCCGUUAGAUUCAUUUGUGGCACACAAACUUUACAUAAGGAAUUAGAGCACCGCCUAUCGCAGUUUCAUGGGCGCGAGGAUACCAUCCUGUACGGGUCGUGUUUCGAUGCGAACGCCGGCCUGUUCGAGUCUAUGCUCACGCCAGAGGACGCUGUGUUCUCUGAUGCGCUUAACCAUGCUUCCAUCAUCGAUGGGAUACGGCUUUGCAAGGCGCAGAAGUACCGGUACCCGCAUAGAGAUCUCAGUGAGUUGGAGCACUUACUAGCACACAGCGAAGCGCGCAUCAAACUCAUAGUCACCGAUGGUGUGUUUUCUAUGGACGGCAAUGUGGCUCCUUUACCCGGACUGCGGAACCUGGCUGACAAAUACCGAGCACUGCUAGCGGUGGACGAUAGCCAUGCUACUGGCUUCUUGGGGGCUACUGGAAGGGGCACAGAAGAAUACUGCAACAUAAUGGGUGCAGCGGACAUCAUCUGUUCAACGCUCGGCAAGGCUGUGAGCGGCGCUGCCGGUGGUUACACCACAGGGCCUAAAGAGCUCAUCACACUGCUUCGAAACGUAUCGAGGCCGUACCUGUUCUCCAACGCACCGCCACCGCCUGUGGUUGCUGCUUCACUGAAGUCGUUAGAUCUAGUGGAAGGAAGCAGCGAGCUUCGCGAGCGCCUCCAACAGAACACCCGCAGUUUCCGCGAGGGUCUGAAGGCAGCUGGUCUGACUGUGGCGGGCGACGACCACCCCAUCUGCCCCGUAAUGGUUGGCGAAGCACCGCUGGCAGUUGAACUCGCCUCCGGAAUGCUACAACGUGGAAUCUACGUGGUAGCAUUCAGUUACCCAGUGGUACCGAAGGGCGGUGCGCGAGUUCGGGUGCAGCUCAGCGCGGCGCAUACACCUGAAGACGUCAACCGGGCGGUGCACGCGUUCACUGAAGUUGGCAAGAACAUCGGCCUUAUUAAGGGCUAGGCUGUCUUCUAGUUGAAGAAGUGCCUGAUCUUUACCCGUAUGACUUCAGAGUGCAGAAUCUACGUGAAAGUGAUAGCAUUCACAUUCAGAUACCCAGUGGUGACCUAGAGUGGAGCGCAAGUACGCAUAAAUACUCGCAGACACGAAACACCUGCGCCUAAUUUUAGGUCCACUAUGAUAUGUUUAUCAUAGGCAACAUGCCGUCCUUUUUCUUCACGUUGCAGAAAAAGGGAAGCAUACAGACCUAUGAUCGAUCAUAUUUCUAUGAUAAACAUAUAUGAUAGUGGUCUAUCGGCCUUAUGGAGGCGAUCUUGAGCAACGUCAGGCAGGCUAGAAGCUUCUUUUCUUAAAGCUUUGGAAGGAAUGACAUCCCAGUGGAAAAAUAUUGUUCUGGUAUUUUCUACUUUAAUCUAAUAGAUGAAUAACUACCUAUGCGACCCAAAAAUGUCGUAGGUAGGUAUUUUCGCUUAAUCAAAUAGGCACUAAGGCAUUUAGUGGAAGAACUUAUGAUUCGUCGCCGCUAUAAAUUCAAAUAAAUAAAUGUCGAUAUAAACGGGGUUAUUCAAGUGUGAAUUUUGAAGUCAUUCGGGAAUAUAUAGUUCUAAUUAUGAUUGUAUGAAACAAAUAUGACUGUAUAAUAAAAUGUUAUGAUUGUUACAAUGAAUUAAUUAUAUGCAAAUGUGUAAAUAAACAAAUAAAACGAUAAACAAUC